AUGAAGGUUAUCGGUGCUUUUUUGUUGGCCGUUUUGGGAGGCAACACCUCUCCUUCCUCCGAGGACAUCAAGGGCAUUCUUGCUUCAGUUGGAGCUGAUGCUGAAGACGACAAGAUUGAGCUUCUGUUGUCUCAGGUUGCAGGGAAAGAUAUCACUGAAUUGAUUGCAUCAGGCAGGGAGAAAUUGGCUUCAGUCCCUUCUGGCGGUGGCGCUGCUGUCCCAGUUGCUGCUGCAGCUUCUGCAGGAGGUGCUGCUUCUGCCCCUGCUGCUGAGGCAAAGAAAGAAGAGAAAGUAGAAGAGAAAGAUGAAUCUGAUGAUGAUUUGGGCUUCAGUCUCUUUGACUAA